AUGGGGACGUGCAAGCACUGCGAGUCCCCUGUCAGGGCUGCCCUCCCUCUGGGCAUUUUUCUUGCCUGUUCUCACAGCUGGGUGGGUGAAAAGUCCAUCUUUAAGCUCUGUAGUUUUAACUCUGUGUUUCCUGCUAACAGGGUCACCUUGUCCUCCACGGAGUGUUACAUCGUGCACGAGAUCUACAAUGGAGAGAAUGCUCAGGACCAGUUUGAGUAUGAGCUGGAGCAGGCCCUGGAAGCGCAGUACAAGUACAUAGUGAUAGAGCCCACUCGCAUUGGGGAUGAGACGGCCCGCUGGAUCACUGUCGGGAACUGCCUGCACAAGACCGCCGUGUUAGCGGGCACCACCUGUCUCUUCACCCCUCUGGCACUUCCAGUAGAUUAUUCUCACUACAUCUCCCUGCCGGCUGGUGUUCUGAGCGUGGCUUGCUGCACCCUUUACGGUAUCUCUUGGCAAUUUGAUCCCUGUUGCAAGUACCAAGUAGAGUACGAUGCCUAUAAACUUUCCCGCCUGCCCCUGCAUACGCUCACCUCCUCCACCCCGGUGGUGCUGGUGAGGAAGGACGACCUGCACAGAAAGAGACUGCAUAACACGAUAGCACUCGCUGCCCUGGUGUACUGUGUAAAGAAGAUCUAUGAGCUCUAUGCCGUAUGACUUCAGCAGGGAAGAGAGAAACCCACAAAGACGAGUGUAUUAAGACUCCCACAGUAACAUUUUGUUUUUCCUCUUUGAGAAGCGGUGGAGACUGGGAAGGAUUUGGUUUAAUAGAGCUGUUAUUUUUAAAAAUAACACAUCACUGGUGCACCAAGGUUUUUCAGUUCUUCGUUACACUUAAGAUGUGGAUGUGUGGUGACUUGAGAGCUGUAUGUUAGGCCAUGGGAGUCCAAUCCAGCAGUGAAAUGUCGAUGAAAGAAGGCUAUAGAGAGAGGGGGUGUGAGAGGCUUUU